CAUCAACACCACGGAAGGCUAUUCUCGACUUCUCCUCUUCCCACCUUUACUGUUCUCGUUGUUAGCUGUCGUCCAGGGACGAUUGGAGAGACAGGAUGGCACAGCCUGUGGUGCAGACGAUUCAUCGGGAUCCCGCCUUGUUCUGGUGGAUCCUCCUCCCCAUCACCGUCGUCAUGAUCCUCACCGGAAUCCUCCGCCACUACGCCAUGACGCUCCUCCAAACGACGCCCAAGAAGCAACCGCUCCCCAUCCUGCGCCAGCAGCGCUCGCUCCUGCGCGGCAUCUCGCUGCGGCAAAACGCCUCGGUGCUAUCCCCUUCGUCCUUCCAGUCGCGCAAAGCCUACCUCGUGGACGCGUACAAGGAGGGCAAGUUUCUGGCGGAUCCCGAGGCGAGGGGGAAGCCGAGGCCGAAUCCGAUGAGCGAUCCGGCGGCCAUGGAGGGCAUGAUGGGCAUGAUGAAGGGGAAUAUGGCCAUGAUGGUGCCGCAGACUUUGAUCAUGGGGUGGAUUAAUGCGUUUUUUUCGGGGUUUGUGAUCAUGAAGCUUCCGUUCCCCCUCACACCGCAGUUCAAGUCGAUGCUCCAGUCUGGGGUAGGGACGCGGGACUUGGACGUGCGCUGGGUGUCGUCCCUAUCCUGGUAUUUCCUCACGCUCUUUGGGCUGCAGCCCGUGUACAAUUUCAUCCUGGGUAGCAACAACGCGGCGAACCAGGUUGCACAGCAGAUGGGCCAGAUGAACCCCGGCGCAGGCUUCAUGGGACCAGAGCAGGAUCCCGAUAAGCUGUUCCUAAACGAAGCCGAGAAUCUCGAGGUGCUCCAGCAUUGGUCGGUGUUGGAUGGGGUGGAGGAGCGACUGGUGGCGAAGAUGGCUUCGUAGUGGUGGCUACGUCUGGAUGUCUCAGGAAGGGUGCAUGCAGGUAUGCCCAGGAAUGAUUGUAUCUAUCGCAUGCAGGAGGGCAUGCCUGGGGAAGAGAAGAGAAUGAGGCGUUUGACGCAGCCAGGGCGCUAGACUAUCGUGCCGCUCAGCGUCGACGACCGGCGACGGCCAGCAGAUAUCCAAAAUCUAUGACCACCACUUGCCGUCCCGACACGGCGGUUACGGCAUCGAGGCGAGGGCUGACGAGGGCGGGCGAGUCCGGGAAUUGAAUCCAUCAGCUCGGCCGUCCCCCGCGAUAUGUACGUAUUCAUUAAGCUUCCGCAGAUGCAGGAGAGGUUGCCCGCCACAGCAG